GACCAGUCAGACCAGUAGAAAAUACCAGUAAAGACCAGCUUAAAUUGGAUACCAGUAUGAAGACCAGUGAGACCAGUAACAACCACCAGAAACAAGACCAGUAUAAAAUUCCAGUAAUUCAAGACCAGUUUAAUUUUUAACUGGACCAGUAAAAUUUUAACUGGACCAGUAUGACCAGUUAGACCAGUAAAUCGAUGUUCCAAUUUCCAGAGUUACCAGUUAAAAUUCUACUGGUCUAAACUGGUCCAGUUGAACUGGUUUUUCCUUCUGGGAUAGUAAGGAGAGAAAAUAUAACAUCUAGAUCUAAAUCAAAAUAAACCAAAACGUAUUUACGAAAGACUAAUAAAUGUCACCUGACACGCAGAUUGCAUCAAUUGCAUAUUAUAUUUAGAUUUGUCAGCUGAUGAACGAAGGAUACCUGAGUUUGACAUUUGAUGCCAAGAAUUAUUUGAGAUUUAAACGAGAAAAAUGGACUCGCUGAAGAGCAAGUGCUUGACGGCGGCCAUUUUGCUGGUUGCUAUGACAAUAAUGACAGACGCCAUCACCCCAAAGGUCAUCCAAGGUGUCGUUGAGGCUGAACAAAAGUUGACAAGAGGUGGUGCCCCCGGAAAUGCCUCUGUUGAAUGUCAAAAGGCCAUUGAUAUUCUAUUAUAUCCAACAUCGGCACAACUUCGGGAAUAUGUUUUCGAUGCCUUUGGCAAGCCACAAGCAGGUAUAUUACAAGGUAAUCUUCGUUGGCUUGGUCACUAUGAUGAAUGCCGCUCCAUCAAAGUUCCUGCAUACAAUAUUCAUUAUAAGUACUGUGCAACCUUUUUAAAUGUCAACAUUACAGCCAUAACAAAAACUCAGACUCCAGAGGCUAUGUUAACCUGGGGAGUAUGUGUGCCCAAUGAAUGCUCUGAGAAAGAUGUCCAGAAUUACUUAAGUUACUUCUUAGAAACAUUGAACUUAACGAAGUAUGUUCAGCCAAUAAACGAUGAAUCCUUUGUUAGCUGUGCUUAUGAAGACCAUAUACCUUUCACUGCGGGGUUCAUAAGUACAAUCACCCUGUUUAGUGCUAUUUUCUUGCUGAUGUUGCUGGGUAUGGCCUAUGACUGUUUCCUGCGGUAUCGCAAGCAGAGUUCCUCCAACAUGGUCGUCUAUACCAACAGCAAUACAAACACUUCAGCCCAGAAUGGUAGGGCAGGCGAGACUCUCCUUGACAACGGGUCACCGGAGAAUAAGGAUGAUGAUGUACCACUCAUACUCGUACAGCAACCACCAAAAAGGGCAAUCUGGGAGCAGUUCCUUCUGAGCUUUGCCGUCAACCGGAACCUGGUCAAGCUGCUAAGCACCACUGCGGGCCAGGACAGGUCCAUUGGCUGUUUAAAUGGACUGCGUGUGCUCAGUAUGGGUUGGGUCAUCCUUGGACACGCCUUCUUUUUCCCCAGUCAGAUGGGGAUCAUAGGUAACAUACCAAUUGCAGCAGAGUGGUUCCAACAGUUUGCCUUUCAGUUUGUUGGAAAUGCCUUCUUUUCAGUAGACAGCUUCUUCUUCAUGAGUGGUCUUCUUCUGACCUAUAUUACUCUCAAGAAGAUGUCUAAGACCAAUGGGAAGAUCCCCUGGGGGUUGUUCUAUUUCCAUAGAUAUUGGCGCCUGACCCCAGCUAUUCUGGUGACCACACUGAUUUGGAUGUACAUCAAGCCUUGGGUGGGUGAUGGUCCCCUCUGGAGGUCAUUUCAGAACACUGAAACCUGUUCCAAGUACUGGUGGACAAACAUCCUUUACAUCAACAACUUCUACCCACAACAAUUUGGUCAAGAGUGCAUAGGAUGGGUAUGGUAUCUUGCAAAUGAUAUGCAGUUUUUCAUCAUCAGUCCUCUUAUCCUGAUUCCUCUUUUCUACAUGCCUUGGUUAGGGCUCUCUAUUAUGGGUGUUCUCCUGGCCUGUAGUUUUGCAGUCACUGGUGCCUUGGUUUGGAUAUACAAAUUAGGAGCAAAUGGCAUUCAUUUACCAGAUGUAGAAUCGACUGGAGCAGACUUUAGUUCUGUUAUCUAUGGCAAGCCAUACUGUCGUAUUCCACCCUACCUUGUUGGAAUGGUUCUGGGUUACCUCAUGUAUAAACAAGGAGACAGGAAGAUUCGCCUGAACCCUGCCUUGGCAUCAUUAGGUUGGGCUGUAGCAGUAGCCAUCGGGAUGUCCUGUGUCUAUGGUUUAUUAGGAGGUUAUAAAGGUAACUUGACCUUGGCAGGUUCUAUAGUUUAUGAGAUGCUGAGUCGGUUUGCUUGGGGCGUCUUCCUCGCUUGGGUGGUUUUUGCAUGCAGAGAGGGCUACGGAGGUUGGGUGAAUGACAUCUUAUCAUGGAGUUUCUGGUUACCAUUGAGUAGAAUGACAUAUUCUGCCUACCUCCUACACCCGAUCAUCAUCUUCAUAUUCCUAGGAAACACCAAGAAUACCAUGAUGGCAUCCCUAUGGCUUCAACCAACCUAUUUUGUAGGAUACUUUGUGAUGUCAUAUGGAGCAGCCAUGGUGAUGGCUAUGUUCAUUGAAUUCCCGUUUGCAAACCUGGAGAAGAUAUUUCUUCCGUCAAGGCAAGGAUAGGACUUAAUUGCCAUUUCUACAUCAGAGAGUAUAUAAAUAUAUUUUACUUUUCCCUGGAAGUCUGUCUCGUACUGACCAAUACAUCAUCUGUGGUAGCAUACAAAUAACAUCUAAAUAGUGAGUGGGCAUUUCAAUCAUGAUGUGAAAUUAAAUAUGUAUACCAUCAAAACAAAUAGAGAAAAAAAUGGAUUAUGGUAUCAGUAAUGUCAAAGACUGUUUCAAGAGCUCAGGAAAUUCUUUUCAGAAAAGUGUGAUAUUACCUUACACAUGAUUCUUAAUUGGACGAUCUUCAGAAAGUGACCCAUUCAAUGGGUGGUAGACUGUUCAAGAUAUACCCCAGUCCCCCACCCCAUUUUUUCUCUCAUUUUUUACUGAGGUUUUCCAUGUACUUUCACACAAUUCUUUGCACUCCCUUAUAUUCAAACUACUGUACAUGUAGAUAUUAAUUUUCAAGAAAUUAUAAUACAUUGUACUUAUACAGCGAUUAAUACAUGAUGUUUCUAUAAAUCUAUUAUUAUGUUGAAAAUAUUGAAAAAUUUACAAAUCUAGUAACCAGCCUACUAAAGUUGGAAAUACAAAAAGGAAAAUAAUGAAAUGUUUUGACUUUUAAUAACAGCAGGAAUAUUCAUAUUUUAGUCUUAGUUUUUAUACAGGUAUUUAGAUUCUAUGUUCACUUCAUCAUGAUGUAAAUUUUGUGUGUACUGGUUCAUUUUACUGCUAAAGGUAAUUUAAAUUUUAUUUAAAGCUAAUGAUAUUUAAUGAAUUCAAACUUGGCAUACAAGAAAGGUUCAGUUCUGAUAAAGGCAGACAUAAUUAAAGAUUUUCACAUUCUUUUUUCUAAUUUACUUAAAAAAAUUUAACUCAAGGAUAGUUCCUAGAAUGCUCUGAUAUUGUAAAUAUAUAAAUGAUUUUAUAUAUGUUCGCUAAUGGACUUAUGUUUUUAUUUGAGAUGUUUAUAUUUUUGUCUUAUCGGUCAGUGAUAUAAUUGAUAUUAUAAGUCACAUUCGCAAAAACUGUGAAAAUCAACUCAAGGCAUUUAUAAAUUACUUACUAUGAAUACUUUUGUAAUAUUAUGUCAAUGAUGUAUAUUUUAAAUGAGUCAUGUCUAUUUCGUAAGUAAUAUAUUCCCACGUCAUGUGAAUGAAACCUAUUCAAUUGAAUACCUGAUGAUAUGGAUGCGUAGCCUCAUAUUCUCAUUGACUCUAACCAAAAACUCCCAUAUGUAGCACAUGGCAUGAUUUUGCCAUUCACUUUGUGCACUGAACUAGAAAUUCUCUUUCUUGUUCAGCGAUGUGUGACCCCAAAACUUCCCCUAUACUUAUACCAUAGCUAGGCACUAGUCUAGUCGCAUCCACUUUUGCACCACAUAAAACUUGUUACCUCUCUUGUGUUACCCUUCUUUACUGGAAGUUACUGGGUCACAUAAGCAAACAGCAUGAGCUACAUUUGGGAAUUUUUGGUUAUUGUUGAUAGUAAGAGAGUUGGUCAUCUUUGUAUUCCCACAUCAUCUAUAGCUGCACCCAUGGUCAAUUACACCACAGUGCUGGUUUGCCUCAUUGUCACUUGGUCUACUACCCAUGUAGGCUAAUUUACCAUAUACCUACCUGGGACCUGUAACAUAAAGCUCAGUGAUUGAUCAUAGGAUUGAAUUUUAUGAUCAAUCAUACACAAUAUUAAGCCAUUCAAUCAGUCAUAGAAAUCACCCCCACGAUCAAUUGCCAAGCCUCAGGUAGCAGGACCCUGGAAUCCACCACACAACGAUUUGCAAUCAACUGCUGGAUAGCAUUGGUCAUUCAAGAUUGGUAUUGCAUUCACAUAUUGAAGGUCUGAUUUUUACUUACCCUUUUAUCUUAAUAUCAGUGACCAUUUAGUUUUCUACGGGGGGGGGGGGGGGGGGAUGCAUGGGUAUCGAUACAAUGAUUAAGAACAUUAAACAGUAAGAUAUUCCAUGUCUCAAUAUUCUCAUCAAAUUUUACUACAUUUUAACCUUCAAUAUGUGAAAGCAAUACCAAUCUUGAGUGGCCAGUGCUAUUCAGCAAUUGAUUGCAAAUCGAUUCGUUGUACGAUGUUGAAAGGAUUGUUUUUCAUAAUUGGGCAAUGUUCACACGUACAGUCAGAGAAGUAUCACCAGCCUGAUACAUGUAAAGAGUAUAUUUCACACUUUCAGAAGAAUUAAAUAUCCGAGGCAUUA